UACGAUAACAUGGCCGAGCUCUUUGCUGUGGUGAAGACUCUUCAAGCAUUGGAGAAGGCUUAUAUCAAAGACUGUGUUUCACCAAGCGAGUAUACAGCCGCCUGCUCCCGGCUCCUGGUUCAGUAUAAAGCUGCUUUUAAACAAGUACAAGGAGCAGAAGUUGGGUCCAUAGAUGAUUUCUGCAGAAAAUACAGGCUGGACUGUCCUCUGGCUAUGGAGCGUAUUAAGGAAGAUCGACCAAUCACCAUCAAGGAUGAUAAAGGAAACCUGAAUCGCUGCAUUGCGGAUAUCGUCUCUCUCUUCAUUACUGUGAUGGAUAAACUACGUUUAGAGAUCCGAGCCAUGGAUGAGAUCCAGCCUGACCUGCGAGAGCUGAUGGAGACCAUGAACCGGAUGAGCCACCUUCCCCCAGACUUUGAGGGGCGAGAGAAAGUCAGCCAGUGGCUGCAGAAGCUCAGCAGUAUGUCUGCAUCAGAUGAGCUGGAUGACUCUCAGGUUCGCCAGAUGUUGUUUGAUCUAGAAUCUGCAUAUAACGCCUUCAAUCGGUUCCUGCAUUCCUAGCGAUGCAAUGUGCUGUUACCUUCCCCUCACGUCUCCAUUCUGAACCCUCGGAGAGCGGGGCUGGAUCUCCAGGAACGCCAAGUGUGUGAAGACAUUGUGCAGUAGAGAAAAGUGUCUGUUUAGCGUCUCGUACUUCCCCCUAUUGUUGUAUUUUCCUUGUUUAUAUAUUAAUAAAUAUAUGAUCAUUAUACCUAA